AAGAAUGCACCCGGAUGUUGAUCUCAGAAUAACAUGGCGCCGAUCGGUCGUAGAAUCAGCCGUGUCUGUGUUACGUUGACCAAGUACUAGUUAUCUCCAUCAGUCCUGAUCCACCAGAGUCCCUGGACGUCUGGAUAAAUCUCUGACGGGCUCUCACAGUUUUUCCGGAUGUUUGUCUUCCAAAUCAUCGCCCGGUAAACAGACCGAAGUGUGCAACACACAGCUAGUCCGAGUUUAACGGAGAAAGUGUUUUUAACGGAGUUCAUCUGGAGGAAACGUAUCUGUGAUUCAGCAAAGAUGUCUAAAGUCCACGUGCUGAUGUAUUUAUUUAAGCAGCGACUCACUGAGGACGCUGAAGAGAUAUUUGGGCUGUUUGAAAGAACGAUAGCAGAGUACGAGGAGGAAGCUUCUAGAUUAAAAGAGGACAACGAGCGGCUAAAGAAACAUCUGCACGCUGUUUUCAACCCUGAAGUCCGCAUUCAAAGAACAGAGCAGCUGUUUGUGCUUAAAGAAGAGCAGCAGGAGGACCAAGAGUCCCCCCACAUUAAAGAGGAAAGGGAGGACCCAGAGCCCCCCGACAUUAAAGAGGAUCAGCUUCAAGGGCUGGAGGAGGCAGGCAUGACUUUCUCAUUUGAUCCUGUGGAGAAUAAAGAUGAUGAAGAUAAAGUUCAGUUUCCACAGAUUCAUCAGAGAGAGACUGGGGACUUCUCUGAACCUGAGACAGAGGACAGUGAUGAUUGGAAUGAGACCAGAGAACAUCACUCCGGUUCGAACUCUCAUAACAAUGAUGAAUCUUUGGUCUGUUCUAAAUGUAAGAAAACAUUUGGUUCCAUUAAAACGCUGAAGAGACACAUGAUGACCCACUCAUCAGAGAAACCCUUCAGCUGCUCACAGUGUGGUAAAUGUUUCACUCAAAGUGGCACACUGAAAAGACACUUGAGAUGUCACACAGGGGAGAAACCUUUCAGCUGCUCAGAGUGUGAUAGAUGUUUCAGUGAUAGUGGAACGCUGAAGAGACACAUGAGAUGUCACACAGGUGAGAAACCUUUCAGGUGUUCAGAGUGUAGUAGAUGUUUUAGUGCUUGUGGAGAUCUGAAGACUCACAUGAGAUGUCACACAGGGGAGAAACCUUUCAGCUGCUCAGAGUGUGGUAAAUGUUUCACUCAGAGUGGAACGCUCAAGAUACACGUGAAAUGUCACACAGGGGAGAAACCUUUUAGCUGCUCACAGUGUGGUAAAUGUUUUACUCGAAGAGGAGAUCUGAAGACACACAUGAAAUUUCACACAGGGAAGAAACCUUUCAGCUGCUCACAGUGUGGUAAAUGUUUCACUGUACGUGGAGAUCUGAAAACACACAUGAGAUGUCACACAGGGGAGAAACCCUUUAGCUGCUCACAGUGUGGUAAACGUUUCAUUAGAAGUGGAGAUCUGAAGACACACAUGAGAUGUCACACAGGGGAGAAACCUUUCAGCUGCUCACAGUGUGGUAAAUGUUUUACUCGAAGUGGAGAUCUAAAGACACACAUGAGAUUUCACACAGGUAAGAAACCUUUCAGCUGCUCCCAGUGUGGUAAAUGUUUCACUGAAAGUGGAGAUCUGAAGACACACAUGAGAUGUCACACAGGGGAGAGACCUUUCAGCUGCUCACAGUGUGGUAAAUGUUUCACUCAAAGUGGAAAUCUGACGAAACACAUGAGAUGUCACACAGGGGAAAAGCCUUUUUAGCUGCUCAGAGUGGAAAACAUUUCACUCACAGUUAAAAGCGUAAGAGACAUGAGAACAGGGGGGAGAACCCUUCCAGCUGCUUAGAUUUAACCAUCUCCUGGUUACAUCACUGUUUUGCACGCAAUUUUUUAAUACCAUCUGCAAAACUAUAAAGACGGACAGAUAUUUGCAACUACUUUUCACUUGCUUGACAUAUACAUUAAAUUGUCAGAGACCUCCUAUCAGGGAUUCAGUCUCAUUGAGAAGACCCUCUUGUUCCUUGGAUGAAAUCACAGAGGCUCACAGACAAGGGAUCCUUAUUUCCCUUACACCUGUCCGAUGCCCUUUGUACUGCGAGUCCAGCACCUCUUCAGGAGUUUGAUUCCUGAAGUAGUAAAAUCAGGAAUUAAAUGUACUUUACAUCUUUUACAUUGUUUAUUCUGUGCACUUGAAAUCGUUUACAUUCUUUCCAUCCCAGGAGAUAGAUCUUCCUUUCAUUCUCUCUGAGGUUUUUUUUUUCUACCUGUUGAAAUGUGUGGUGGAAAUUGGUGGAUAAAGCCCUUGUGAUAAAUCAAAAGUUUCCUAAACUUGUUUGUGAUGAAGUAUUUAUUACUAAAGAAUACAGAAAUCAUCAUCACAAGCCAAAAGUGCAGUCAGAAGUCCAAAUGACUCAAUUCAGCUCAAAGGGGAUAGAUGUUCCCUCUCCCUUACAGGCGCAGAAAGAUAGGACAAGCUUCUUGGUGUAAAGAGAAGGCUUUAAUACACAUCGGCGCUCCACACUGCCCAAACCAGGACAACACCGUACAAGGAAGGAGACGACGCCGGAGCCGCACAGCUCGGCGCCCCCCGCUACGACGACGCCGGAGCCGCACCGCUCGGCGCCCCCCGAGACCCUGAGGCCCGGCCGCCGACCCGGCAGACCCCCAGAGCACCCCACGCCCGGCCGCCGCCCCGGCAGGCCGCCGGACCAUAGCUGUCGGGUCCCCACCCUCCCGCCCCUGGUCUGAUUUUCAUGGUUCUGCCCCCCUUUAGGACCGUCUGGAAUUCGGUCCUUGAGGGGGGGUUCUGUCAUGUUUGGGUCUGCUCUGUCUUAUUUUGUAGUUUCAUGUCUCUUGUGUUCCUGGGUGACUACACUUCCUGCCUUGUCCUGUGAUUGCCUGAUUGAUUUCACCUGUGUCCAAUCACCUGCACCUCCCUAGUGUAUUUAAGCCCUGUGUGCCAGUUGUCCUUUUGUCGCGUCAUUGUCUAAUGUCGUUCGUCGUGGGAGCACGUAUGGUCUUUGUUGGAAUAAAGAGCACUUCGUUUCGGAAACCCCUGCGUUUGAGUCCUCCCUUGCGCCUGCACCAGCAUUCCAUUCUGACAGAUUAUUCAUUGGAAGGGUGUAAUCUAUGUCACAUUGUUGACUGUUAAUAUUGUAACAUUACCCAGCCUUAUACCGUCAUGUUCACUGUUAAAAUACAAGUUUGCCUGUUUUUUAUGUUCCACUUGUGUUGCUGCCGGCUGUCAUAUUAUCAAUGUAUUGCUGCAUAGAUUUUUGUGAACAAUCUCCUUGUGUAAAUUCUGUUGUUUUGCAUGUUAAGGUGCUGAGUUUCAGAAACCUCAUCAUGCUUAGCAUUUCAGAAAAAUACCACAAGAUCUUUAAUGUGUUCAUAAAUUGACUUCUUUCUUUCAUUUACAUUGUAUAACGUUUUUAGGAAAUAUGUUGUAAGGAUUUAGUUUGGAUACUUAUUUUAAUAUUCAUUGUCUGGUAAUCUACAUUUUGAGCAUUAUGAGUACAAAUUUGUUUAUCAAAAUCCCUGUGAGUUUUCUGUUGUGUAAAAUCUGUUUAAAUGUUAGUGGUCAAGAAAUAAAUCAAUAUAAGACACAGAAAAACAUGGAAUUUUGCAUGAAAUUAUAUCACUCGGCCCUAUAAGUGCUACAAUAUAUGGAGAUACCAGACCAACACCACAUCUAAGUGACUGCCCAGUGUGUGGACAGUAAUCCCAAAAAGGUUUUAGAGGCACCGCUCCCUUAGGUCGUGGCAACGCUCCUUUAACUCGAGGCACCCGUCCAGGUAGUUCCUUCGACCUGUGGGACCAGUACCUGAACUGGUGUCACCGCUACAGGUACCUCUCUUGACCGAAUGAACACAGGAGGCAGUUUCUGUAAACCCGAGGCAGUUGCCACAACUCGCCGCGGCACCCCAACCUGCAACAGGAAGUGCCUCAACGAAUUAUCAGUGCCACGAUUUGCGCUAGCUCCUACUGGAAGUUCUUUGUACCGGCCGAAAAGUUUUCAAACACAAUAUAAUACUCUGAUUAUUAUUCUGACUCAU